GCGGAGGAUGACAGCUCAUGCUCACCAGCCAACCUUCCUGCAUUGGCGCGCCAUCCCCCGCCACUGCUCUGUGCACUUUCCAUCAACAACACAUUCGCUCGAUAUUGCAUUGCCCAGUCCCGCAAUUGGAGCUGGAAGUCAUUCGUUAUUGCGAGAGUUGGUUGAGCAACAGGGACGCGCACGCUUGGACAGGGCAGGAUCCAGGAUCAGCGAAGCUUAUCGCCAUACCGUUUUCUCGGCGCCAACACCAUGCGAUCGUAUCUUCUCGCAGGGCUCUCCGCCCUCGCGACCCUCGCCGCCGCCGUGGACCCGGUCGAAGUCCAGCAGCAGCAGUUUGUGAUAACGAAGACUGGAGAGCGGUUCAUGAUCGUCGGUGUGGACUAUCAGCCUGGUGGACAAGAUGCAUACGGAACUGGCAGAGGCGACCCGUUGAGCAACGCCACAGUAUGCCUAAGAGAUGCUGCGCUGAUGCAGUCGCUGGGUAUCAACACAAUCCGGUCGUACAACGUGGACCCGACGGAGAACCACGACGAAUGCGUGUCCAUUUUCAACUCAGUCGGCAUCUACCUGCUCAUCGAUGUAAACUCGCCGCUGUCCGGACAGCACAUCGACCGCUCGAACCCGUCUAGCACCUACACCAGCGAAUACCUCGAACACAUCUUCACAGUGGUGGAAGCCUUCAAGGACUAUCCGAACACACUCGGCUUCUUUGCAGGAAAUGAGAUUAUCAACGAUGUGCCGACUGCGGAGGACAACCCACCAUAUAUCAGAGCUGUGCAGCGCGAUCUGAAGAACUACAUCAAGAAUCAUGCCCCACGCACAAUUCCAGUCGGCUACUCGGCUGCACAGGUGCAAGAAGUUCUGAAGGAUACAUGGUCAUACCUGCAAUGCAACAAUGCCCAGGAUGGAGAAGAUAUGUCGCGCUCCGACUUUUUCGGCUUGAACAGCUACUCGUGGUGUGGUAGCGAUUCCAGCUACACUACUUCUGGCUAUGAUGUGCUGGUAGAGUGGUUCGGCAAUACUACAAUCCCGGUCUUCUUCUCGGAGUAUGGCUGCAAUGUUCCUGCGCCGCGUGUCUUUGACGAAGUGCCGGUACUCUACGGAGAACAGAUGACUGUGAUGUCCGGCGGCUUGGUCUACGAAUGGACAGAGGAGCCAUCGAACUACGGCAUUGUCCAGGAGAACGACAAUGGCACGCUCACACUUCUGGCGGACUACAACACCCUCCAGGAUCAGUACAACAAACUCGACAUCACACUCAUUACGACACGAAACCAGACAGCGACUGAUCUGCAAGCACCUGACUGCAGUUCCGAUCUUAUCUCGAGCAGUGACUUCAGCAGCGACUUCGACGUCCCAGAUGUGCCAUCUGGUGGCGAAGACUUGAUCUCGAAUGGCAUUUCCAACGCACCAAAGGGCAGCAUCGUCGCAAUCACGCAGACUGCCGUGCAAGUGGCAGUGUACGCCGCUAAUGGCGCGGAGAUUCAGAAUCUGGCCAUCAAGCCUGCUGCUGGAGCUAAUCGCCCAGGAAGUGGCUCGCUGACGACUGGAUCUGGCGGCGCUUCAUCUACGAGCAGUGGUCUCGCGGCAAAGGCUACAUUCGGCCCUGUGGGUGGUGCUGUUGCGGCUGCUGUUUUCGGCGCUGGAUUGAUUCUGUAGGCUUUUCAGGUGGGUUUGUGAAUGCGUGGGGUCAGCAUACGAGUGAUAUUUUGGUCUACUGAACACGAUUGAAACGACUGCCUGCGUUUUUAGCGAUAGCACAUAAUUGAAUAUUCAGACACUAGGGCCAGUCCGCGCGACCUGUCGGCCUCGAAGGGA